GAGGAGCGGCGCGGCGGCGGCGCAGGUGGGCGCAGGCGCAGAGAUGCUGUCUCUAGGGCCGCGCGGGAGCCCAGGGUCCGCAAGCCGCGCGAGGCGCACCUGGGGGCGGAGCCAAGCCCGCGCUCCGCCCACUCCCGGGCGCGAAGCCCCCUCCUCGCUCCCCUCCCGUUGCGUCGCAGACGCACGCAGGUGCGUGAGGCCGCGCCCGUCGCGGACCUUGCAGCCGUGGGCCAGCCAUGGAGCACAUCCGCACGCCCAAGGUUGAAAAUGUCCGCUUGGUAGAUCGAGUGUCUCCUAAAAAAGCAGCUCUAGGUACUUUGUAUUUGACGGCUACUCACGUCAUAUUCGUCGAAAAUUCACCUGACACAAGAAAAGAAACAUGGAUUCUUCACAGCCAGAUUUCCACCAUUGAGAAACAGGCAACAACUGCUACUGGAUGCCCUCUGCUGAUUCGCUGCAAGAACUUUCAGAUAAUACAGCUCAUCAUACCUCAGGAAAGAGAUUGCCAUGAUGUGUACAUCUCCCUGAUACGCCUUGCAAGGCCAGUGAAAUACGAGGAGUUAUACUGCUUUUCAUUUAACCCGAUGCUGGAUAAAGAAGAAAGAGAGCAAGGCUGGGUGCUGAUCAAUCUCAGUGAAGAAUACAAGCGGAUGGGCCUCCCUAAUAAUUACUGGCAGCUCAGUGAUGUGAAUAGAGAGUACAGAGUUUGUGACUCUUAUCCUACUGAACUGUACGUUCCCAAGUCGGCCACGGCACACAUCAUAGUGGGGAGUUCCAAAUUCCGGAGUAGACGGCGAUUUCCUGUCCUUUCUUACUACUAUAAAGAUAACCACGCCUCCAUCUGCCGGAGCAGCCAGCCCCUGUCUGGCUUCAGUGCCCGGUGCCUAGAGGACGAGCAGAUGCUCCAGGCCAUUAGGAAAGCCAAUCCAGGAAGUGACUUCGUUUAUGUUGUUGACACCCGGCCUAAACUUAAUGCAAUGGCAAAUCGUGCUGCAGGGAAAGGCUAUGAGAAUGAAGACAAUUAUUCCAAUAUCAAGUUUCAGUUUAUCGGGAUAGAGAACAUCCAUGUCAUGAGGAACAGUCUGCAGAAAAUGCUGGAAGUGUGUGAACUUAAAUCUCCCUCCAUGAGUGACUUCCUGUGGGGUCUGGAGAACUCUGGCUGGCUAAGGCACAUUAAGGCCAUAAUGGAUGCAGGAAUCUUCAUUGCAAAGGCAGUUUCAGAGGAAGGGGCAAGUGUGCUUGUUCACUGUUCCGACGGCUGGGACAGGACUGCUCAGGUGUGCUCGGUGGCGAGCCUGCUGCUGGACCCGCACUACCGGACUCUGAAGGGCUUCAUGGUAUUAAUUGAAAAGGACUGGAUUUCCUUUGGUCAUAAGUUUAAUCACAGAUACGGCAAUCUAGAUGGUGAUCCAAAAGAAAUCUCUCCCGUUAUUGACCAGUUCAUUGAGUGUGUUUGGCAGUUAAUGGAACAAUUUCCCUGUGCCUUUGAGUUCAAUGAGAGGUUUUUGAUUCACAUUCAACAUCACAUUUAUUCCUGCCAGUUUGGAAACUUCCUAUGUAACAGCCAAAAGGAGAGACGAGAACUCAAGAUUCAAGAAAGAACAUACUCAUUAUGGGCUCACCUGUGGAAGAAUCGGACCGACUACCUGAAUCCUCUGUUUAGAGCUGAUCACAGCCAGACCCAGGGAACCCUUCAUCUCCCUACAACACCAUGCAACUUCAUGUACAAGUUUUGGAGUGGAAUGUAUAACCGCUUUGAAAAGGGGAUGCAGCCCCGACAAUCAGUUACAGAUUACCUGAUGGCAGUGAAGGAGGAAACUCAGCAGCUAGAGGAAGAACUAGAGGACUUGGAAGAGAGGCUGGAAAAAAUUCAAAAGGUCCAGUUAAAUUGCACUAAGGUGAAGAGUAAGCAAAGUGAACCCAGCAAGCACUCAGGGUUUUCUGCCUCAGACAACAGCAUAGCCAACACUCCCCAGGAUUACAGUGGGAAUAUGAAAUCAUUUCCAUCCCGGAGCCCUUCGCAAGGUGAUGAAGAUUCUGCUCUGAUUCUAACCCAAGACAAUUUGAAAAGCUCAGAUCCAGAUCUGUCAGCCAACAGUGACCAAGAGUCUGGGGUGGAGGAUCUGAGCUGUCGGUCUCCAAGUGGUGGUGAGCAUGCACCGAGUGAAGAUAGUGGCAAGGACCGAGAUUCUGAUGAAGCUGUGUUUCUCACUGCCUGAAGUUUCCCUUUGGAGUUCCAAAGUAAAGGACACACAAGCAACACUUAAAAAAAUAAGGGAACACAGGCAGUUUAUCAUAAAAACAAGAAUUGGUACAUGUCAUUGAGAACUAAUUUAAUGCAGCUAUGAAAAGGGAAACAAGUGCCCAGCUCUUGAUUUCUUAGACACUGAAGAGGACGUAGUCAUUUCGUUUAUCAAAUAUAAGGAAAAUUAUUCACCAUUUUGAAGCUCAUCCUAGACUAUGAAAAUUAUAUUCACUAUAGAGCAAUUACUUCUGUUAUUACCUAAAGUUAUCAAUAUAUAUCUUCCUUGUCAUAGCAUGCAUCUCUUAAAAAGCCUCAACUCCUUUCCCUCGUAUCUGUGAUUAUCAUUAAUCUUUUAGUUCACUUCCAGAUGCAUAUUUUGUGUUUUCGAAAGCAUCUGACAUUAUCUUCCUUUCUGACUCUCUUAAUCCGUAUUUCUAAAAACAGGCACAUUGUUGAGAUGCAUCCUUUUUGGUUAAUAGAUAUACUCCUAAGGAGCUUUUAAGUGUUUAAGUUUAUCAGGAAUAAUCAUCACUUUAACUUUUCCUUAGAUAAUAUAUUUUGAAUUGUUAGAAUAAUUUUGUUGCCUUUCUCUGAGAUCUAUAGUCUGUUUCUCCUCAUUAUUUAAAAAUGCUAAAAUUUAUAUCACACUUUUUCUCUAACAAUGAUUUAAUAUAUUCCUAACAAGGUAGAAGCAACAUUCAUUCUCCUGGUCUUAUAUAUGAAUUUUAGUUUUUUUGGUAAUAACAACCUUUUACUACUAUUCUAGAGACGAAAGUGUGAGCCAACCACCAGCCUGAUCUCAAAGUAUAACAUUAUAAAGUUAGUAGGGUAAAACAUCUGUGAGGGAAAAUCCUGUUAAGAACCAGAGAAUUUGGCUGUCAAGUCUGUUUAAUGAAGGGAAUAGGUUUUGUAAUCUAUCAUUUUAGAAAUUAUAUAACUGGCUAAUAUGGUUUACUUAACAGUAGUAACAUCUCAUGACCACUGACUGUUGAAAGUUUGAGUUUUUGUUUUGUUAAAAGGCACAUUUGAGGGAGAGUCACUCCUGUCUUAGGAGUAAAAAAAAAGACUUCACUAGGUAACCUAAAUGAAACUUAAUGGAGAAAAGUUGCCAUAUAAGUGAUACUCACACUGUAUGGUUUUAAUAUAUUAGUACAUUCUAGAAUGUAAAAGGAUUAAUUUAAACUUUAUAAUUUACAUCAUUUUGAAUAUGUAAUUUUUUAUGGGAGAAUGUAUUACAUUUUGCUAAAAUUAAAGUCAAGAGAAAGGGCAAGAAAGCAACAUUGCUGAUCUCUCUAGUAUGAAAGAUUGGAGGAAGUGUGGCAAUAUAUAUAAAUGAAAAAAUGUAAUUGUGCUCAUCAUAUUUAAAAAUAGAAUAUAUUAGAGAACUGUGAUAUAAAAGUACUGUUAAUGUAAAAAAUAAAGCAAGUGUAAUUCUUUUACAAUAUAAAAUUUGAGCAUUCUCUGCUGAGCAGUUCCCAAAUUAAGUCCAAGGAAUGUUUAUUCAUUUUCUGCAAUAUACUGUAUGUAAUAGGGAAUACCUUGCUAAAAUGAUAAAUACUUAGGAUAUAGUGGUGAUGGCUUUCACCUUUUUAUAAUAGAACUCACUUCACACCAUUCUUGUAGCUGUCCACUCUUAGAAACUUUGUUGCCUAAUAUUGAGGAUGUGGCUUUAAUUUCUUCCAUUUGGCAAUGUAUGUCUAUAAAAACAAUAAAAAUUUUUUUAAAAAUGACAAAAGUAUGCCAAAAAGCACUAUGCAUUUAUUUGAAAAGCAAAUAGUAUAAAUAUUUGAUGUUUUAAAAUGUAGUUUUUUAAUGUGACAUCUUCCACAUCGGAGUCAUAAACUUUUAGUUCCCUCAACUUUACAAGACAUAAUUUAUGUAGCACAUUCAUCUACUUAUUAGAAGUUAACCUAGCACUGAGAUUUAUAUAAAAGGUUACAUUUAUUGCUUAUUAAAACUUUACUUUCACAGAUUCUUCAAAGAGCAUGGCUAAUCCAACAAGACUAAAAUAUCUAAUACUGCAUUUUCAUUUAAAAUCAAACAUUAAUCAGGAAGUGUUUUAUUGAGAACAGUGGUUUAAAGCACAGGGAAUAAACCAAUAUAAAGUUGAUUUGAGGCAUAUUACUUCCCAAUUAGUAAUACUCAGAGCUCAGGUGAUACAUUCUUUCAGUUUGAUAUGAAAUAGGUAAGAAUUUUAACCAUGACCCAGCAAAUCAGUAACUGAACUUUUUAUAGAAUAAUGGAAGGUGAAGAUCUGAGAGGGAAAGCCUAGAAUAAAUUUUUAUUCUUUAAGAGCACAUGAUUACUUUCUCCUAAAAAUGAAUCUGAGCCAUCCUUCAAUUUAAGCACAUAUAAAUCUAUCCGUGUCAAGCACCCUCUAUUCUGAUAUAAAUUUCCUAGUCUUAUGCCUAGAAAUUUCUUUCAACUUUGAAGUGGUUGUCUUUAGUUUGUAUCUCAUUGAUUUAGAAUUUUCUUCUAUUUUGAAAUAAAUAUUAACCUUUUAAUCUCUACUUAUGACAAACUCCUAACUGAUUAAUAACUCUUAAGUAUUCCUCUAUAAUUCUGAUUUCUAUCUUGUCUUAUAAAGUAAAACCAGAAUAGCAACUUUGACAUGCAUUUCAUUUUUCUGCUGGCACUGCUUCUCCAAUAUGGCCAAUUUUUAUGAAGAAAAUAUAUAGCCAUAAAAUCAGAAAAAAAUGGUCACUUAAUUUCUGUUGCAAAAACAGAACCCACAUCCAUACAGGUAUAUUCAAAUGCAGAUUCUUUUCAUCCUGGGUGACAUAUAUAACCUUUAUCCGAACUGUGUAUUAGAUGCAAAUAACUGUUAAUUUAAUGACUGGGUUGUAAGAAGGUUAUCUAAGGAAUGAAUUUUGAAGGAGAACCUAACCCAUGUUAACUGGUAUACAAUGAAACUGGGAUAGUUCAAGAUUAAAGAAUAAAAAACACUGAGGUGAACUGCGCAUGUAAUUAUGUAGAAGAGAUUUACUCUAUAAGAAAAUGUUUUGAUUUUGUUUCUCUGGUGGAAAGGAAAGUAGAUAAGCACCUAAACAAUUUUUAUCUUUGCAUGGUAUUUCCACAAUGCCUUAUUCUUAGUAGGUGCUUAAUAAAAUAGGUAGAUCUAAUGAAUUAAUCAAA